AGGUCAGUACAUCCAGCAGUAAGACCUUUUAGGUUUUUCUUCAUCAGGUCAUCAUCACAGAUGGAAGGGCUUCGUAUCUUUCUGGUCAUUCUGCUAGUAGUAUCAUGCACUCAUGACUGGACCUCUGGAUCAGAGUUGGAGAUGACAGUCAGACCAGGAGACAACAUCACUCUCUACUGUGACUGCAAUUCAUCAACCGGAGUAUACAUCGUGUGGUACAGGAACUGCUCUCAUGAGAACCAGCCUUCUCUUGUCCUUAAUAUAAUUACAAGGAGAAAACACGUUAUGGAUAACAACUAUUCUCAGAAUCCUCUCCCUCGUUUCCACUUUGUGAGAAACUCUUCCUCUGAGUCUUAUGACAUGCUGAUCAUUAACAUCACUGAGACCGAUGAAGGGCUCUACUACUGUGGAACUUAUCAGUUGAAGGUGGAGAAAAACGAACAAAUUAAUUUCGCACAUAUUUACACACAUGGAAACAUCUCAACAAGGAUCCAUGUCAAUUCCAGCAAAUUCCCUGACCCCGGUGGACACAGUUUGAACCCUGAUGUGACCUGGAUGAUGGUGCUCACUCCAGCCUUUACUAUUUUCACCUUCUUGAUUUCUUUUAUUCUGGUGUAUCUCUUCUGUCAGAAAACAGAUAAGGAACCUCAAAUUCUCCAGAAAAGACUUAACACCAGGAUUCAAACAAGAUGGGAUCAGGAUGAAGAUUUGUGUUUCACACGAGUUGUGUUCCGAGCGAAGGAUGGAAGAAAACAACAAUAGACGGAAAAUGGACAACAAUAUCACAGUCACACUGUUUAGGCAGAAACAAACUAAAGUGCAAGGAGUUCAGAUUCAGAAGGUUUACAUUCAUGUGCUCGGUUUAAGUAUUCAAUCCCUCCUGUUUUUCUCUCAGUUGUUGUGCCAAUCUAUUAGAUCAUGAAUUGUUGACGUGUUUUAUAAAGAUUGGGUUUAGUGCCUCUUUACCUGUACUUACUGAAAUCUUAUUAAUAAGCUGUGUUCAAACAUAAUGUUAUCAUCAACUAACAAACUGCUCAUUUCCUUAUGUAUGAAUGUGGUAUCAUUACAUAUAUUUGAAUCCUGAUCAAAAUGAUCAAUAUAAGAAAAGAUAAUAAAUACAUUGAAAGGAUAGCAGGAUGAACAUUUCAGUAUUCCAGAAAAACAGUACAAUUCUAAAUAUUUUAGAUACAUUUUGCAUAGCCUACUUUUGAUCCCAGUGAGUUGACUUAAUUCAGGAUAUUUCUCUCUUUCUCAUCGCUCUUUGACUGUUGGAUGUGCCAACACGAUAUCUGCAUAUUUUCUCUUUAACGAAGUUGCUGUGUCUAAAAAUGUAAUGUAACAUUUAACAUUAAUUUGUAUCCAAUGUGACAUUAUCAAAAACAUUACCUCCUAUAAAUGUAUUUUGUUUUUCUGCUAAAUAUUAUCGAUUGAAUGACAGACCCUUUAGUAGACCAUAAUAAUUAAGUUAAUCAUUCAUAAUAGAGGUUAUUAUUUAGGACUUCUGUUAUUGGCAUUAACCACAACAUAGUGUGUCCAAAUGCACUCAUGAAAGAAAUGUAAUGUAUUUCUUAAUGUUUUCAUUCUUUCCAAAUUCGACUUUUUUGUUUCAGUUUGUUUUAUUUCUUUCCACAACUCCAAUAACAAGUUACACUUGAUCAGAUGUGCAGAUCAA